GCUUCCACCCACCCCCCCCCCGCCUUCCUUACGGUGGCCGCGGGCUCGCCGGUGGCGGCCGGUUGUUGUCCCCGCUCGGCGGUCUGGCCGGGUCGGGUUAAGUCGGUGAGGUGAGACGCCCAGCCGGGUUAUCGUCUUCGUCGUUUUUGGCGAUGUCCGAGGGUGAGCAGGCCCGGCGAGGCCCUAGCCCGCCUUUUCACCGACAAACCGGGAGCUGGGCCGGGCCCUGAGCCGCCCAGGGCAGCGGGGUAACCCCGCGGUAGGCGCUGAGGAGCCGGCGAGGCCCGGAGCUGCCCCGGCUGAGGAUGGGGAUCCUCUUCACAAGGAUAUGGAGGCUGUUCAACCAUCAGGCAUCCAGCCCCACCUCAGAUCUUCUGUUCCAGCUGAUUUCCUAACAUCACAUGCUGGCAACAUCACACCAGAAACAAAAGUUCCUAGUUAUGUGGGGUCAGAGCACAAAGUAAUCAUUGUUGGCCUGGAUAAUGCAGGAAAAACCACCAUUCUUUAUCAAUUCUCCAUGAAUGAAGUGGUGCAUACCUCACCCACCAUAGGGAGUAACGUGGAAGAGAUAGUGGUUAACAACACGCGCUUUCUGAUGUGGGAUAUCGGAGGGCAGGAGUCUCUUCGGUCUUCGUGGAACACCUACUAUACAAACACUGAGUUUGUGAUAGUUGUUGUGGACAGCACAGACAGAGAGAGAAUUUCUGUGACUAAAGAAGAACUGUAUAAAAUGUUAGCACAUGAGGACUUAAAAAAAGCAGGUUUGCUGAUCUUUGCUAACAAGCAAGAUGUUAAAGAGUGUAUGACAGUAGCUGAAAUAUCACAGUUUCUGAAACUAACUUCAAUUAAGGAUCACCAGUGGCACAUUCAGGCAUGCUGUGCUCUAACUGGAGAGGGACUGUGCCAAGGACUCGAAUGGAUGAUGUCAAGACUUAAGAUCAGAUGAUUUUUAAUGACCUCUUUGCACAGACAUUGCUUAAAAAGAGCUGUACCCAGGAUUACCUUCACAGUGGCAGAAUUAAUGGGUUAGAUGUAUUUAUACUGAACUGAUUUCAACUUUAUUUUCUACAUAGAUGCACACACACAUAUGUGUAUAUAAAUUAAGACCGUUCAGCAAAAAGGAAGAUGCAGUUGAUAGCUCCAGUUUGGUUUCCUUUUUGUUUUCCUCUGAGGAUGUGUUUAAAAGCUGUGAUCAACCUUCUUUUCAAGAUACAGCCACUCAGAACAGUCCAAUGUCGAGCAUGGUGAAGAUGAAGUGAGAGGAAGGAGCUUUUAAUUUUGAGUUUUAUUAUUCCAUUGUAGUCCUCUCUAGUUGAAGAUGUUGGCUUCAUUAUUCCAGUAAAUUAGCAAGCAAAUCAAUGGCAUAGAUAUCAACUUUCCAGUAUUUUUAAGGUUACCAAUGUUACAAAUGCAAAAAUAUUUUCCUGUACGUGUACUGUACAUAUUUGUGUAUAUUUAUACCUCAAUUUUAGGUUAAUUGCAAUCUGUUCAGACCAGUGUGUAAAGCUGAAUCAGUAUGUUGACAGUAGUACUAAUAUUUGACAUCGCCAAUGUGUCGCAACUUCUUUUCCGUUGUUACCUGUAUGGCUGUAACAUCCAUCAGACAGUUGGCUCACCGCAACUUUAUAAAGCAAAGUCUCUCUUAAGACCAUCGCUUGUUUUUUACGUGAUUUUUCAGUUAGGGAGGAUACCAUAAUGGAUUGGGGCCUAAGGAUUGAGCUUCAAAUUACAGUGUCGGCAAACAGUAAAAAUUUGCCAAAGAGUUUAAAAUGAAACGGAUUUUCUUUUUUUAUUGUAGUCAUCAUUGGAUUAGGUGAUUCCAAAAAGUGCAUGUCGUGCUGUCCUAUGGUACUGCUUUUCUUUUUUUGCAGUACUGUUCAUUUAUGAUUCAAGUCUGGUAGAAGUACCUUUAGCUGUCAUAAAGGGAAAAAUGUCAUCUUUUUUUUUUUUUUUUUUUUUUUUUCUUAACCAAAGAAGAGGCACAAAAGUAUGUUUAAAAGUCCCACUGGAAUCUUGCGAAACAAGUCAUACUCUGUAUUAAGUGUUUUUCAGAGGAAGGCACACUUCUCUUUGAUAGUAUAAAAUGUAUAUAUAUCUAUAUGCAAUGGAUGGAACUGGGAUGGGGAACAAAACAGAUUACACUACUUGAAAAGCUGAAAGUGACCCUUGAUGAUGUUCCCACAGAAGGUCCAGGGCAGUACUUCUUGAAAAUGUAACUCCCUUGCAUGGUCCCCAGGUGAGUUAUAAAGAAGUGUCAGAACACUAUGUGAUUAUCUUUUCUUACUGUAGUACCUAAUGGGAUGGAUGUCCCAUACAGAAGUUGUUCAGAAUUACCAUUUUAAAGAAUACAGGCUUUUCAGUGGGAUGACAGUUGGAUGGUUUGAAAUGUCAUCAGUAUUGUGAAAGUGUACGUAGCCUUAAUCAUAGGCUUUUAUGCCAGAGAUGUAUGUUUGGGCAGUAUAGCAAAAUGAAAUAAAAUUUUGUUUAAGAUGUCCUUCCCUUUCUUAGCUCAUACAUCUGAUAAGGAUGGAAAAGGCAUUUUAAAGAAAAAGCUUAGUUUGAACUUUUUAAGGUGGUUAUCUUUGGUUAUGGGAUAAUCUAGUCAGUGCACCUGCCUUCCCAUUUGCCUGCUUCACUGGGGAUCAUGUUGUGAAUUUGGGGAAAAGAAGGGAGGCAAUUUCAAAAGUCUAUUUAACAAAGGCAGGUAAAGAAUUUAACUUUUUAAUAUAUUUUUGGUAUCUCUUUAUGAUGCUCACUGGCUAGGGAAUCUGCUGUCUUUGUUAAACAUUUUAAUGUGUACAUGCAUAUAUUUAUAGUGCAUGCACAUAGAUAUUGGUAUUUAACUGGUGUAUUGCAAAAUGUAUAAAUGUUCAAAGAAGUAACGAUUUAAUGCAAAGACUCUCAGUUUAUCUGAUAGUAUCUUCAAGAAACGAGCUCUGUGCACACUUGCAUAUGAAGUGGAAUUGUACGUUUUCUAGUCUUAAAAAAGAAAAAGCAGACUUGCUUAUAAACCUAAGUGUUUGGUUUUUGAGUCUUAUGUCUUCCCUUUCAUCCCUUUAAAAUAUUUUGCUUUAGUAUUGUUAAGUACUGCAUAUUUUUGCCUGAAUCUGCACAGGUUGUAUGUGUUGGGUUUUUGUUUGUUUUUAAGAAAAUGAGUUGUUCCUGUUGAUGAGAGAAAACUCAUGGAGCACUAUGCUGGUAUCUGCUUCUUGCUGAAAUUUGCUGCUUACUGCCUCCCUUAAGUUUGUAGGACUUAGUACAUCCAUAUAAUGAAAGUGUGGUGGUUUCUUCCAGGUACGGCUUAGGUUGCAACCAGACAUCUUAUGUUUACACAGAAGUAAACUUAAGUUUACUCUUUUUCCCUCUCAGUAUCAUGGCCACUUCAAGUUUCUGUGGCCUCCAAGGUACUGCGUGGUUCACUUCAUCUUUGUUUCACAAGUGGCAACAGACCCUAGUAGGGAGUGGGAAAUAACUGCAAAUGUGAAGACUGGCUGUUAAAACAAUGUCUUUUGUGCCCUAAAGGGUUUUUAAUCUGAAAAUUAAAUCGUUGUCUGUGUGUUGGACGGUGAACAAUCCAGCCUUAACCUGACUACAAAAAAGGUGUGUGUCGUGUCACGUAUGAUGAUGAGUUUUCUAUCUAUUUUGUGAUACCAUAGUAUUUUAGAGGGUAGAUAUGCUCUUCAGUAGCUAGAAUUCAGUGGUGGCCAAUGCUUACUGACGCAUCACGUGCCUGUAGCAUUCUUGACUGGGGCUUAGAAAUCAAAGGAAGAUACCCCUUCGUUUUAAAUGCUGGAUUUGCAGUCUCUGUAAGGAUGAUGGAUUUUGUCUAUAAUAGCUGGGCAACUCUUUGUCACCCUGUUGUAAACAGAUGACGAUUCCAGAUUCUUACCUUGCAUGGUUGGUGUGAUAGUGCUUUCAAGUGCAGCAAAGCAUAGCGAAAGCAGAAUAGUGUUAUCCGGAUGUUGCAGUGGAAGCUUUUGUAGGAACUGUUGUCUGCCUGAAGGUUCUUCGUGAGAACAAGUGUGUUUGCUCAGAUACUAACGAGAUGAACAUUAGAAGAAUAUACGAAUAUAUACCCUCAUGGUAGUGUUGUGGCUGUGACGGUUCUUUCCUAUACACCUUGCCUUUUGUGUUGAGUUAGAAAUGUUUUUAAAUUUAGUCACCUAGUAGAGCUGGAGAAGAGCAGACAAAUUCUUGAACGCACAAACCCUUUUUGUAUGUGCUUCUUGUUUACAGCUUUUUUCUUUUCCCUGUAGGACAAUUCACAUUUUUCUCACAACUCUGUCCAUAGAAAAGCAAGUUAACUUCGUAUCAAUGCUGCUUUCAGCUUCACUGGGUUAUUGUUUGGAAGUGAUUGUCUUAACAUGAGUCAUGACCUUGAUUUGUAUUGCUGUUGUGUUUUUACCCCGUGUGUGUUGUGUUGCCUUGGCUUUCAGCUAAAGUUUAAGAUUACUUUGCCUUUGUUCUUCAUGAAAUUCCUUCUUAGGUUAUUACAGAGAAAGGGAGGGGUCUUUAAAAAUGGUUAUUUAAGUUUAUGCUGGAGAAUGCCAUUUUACUAGCAAAAAAACUAUAGCAGUAAGUCAUAUUUCAAUAAUCUAAUGUUUGAAAUGUUUCUUUUGGUUUAGCAGAUAAUAAACUUUGUAAAUCAUCUCUAUAAUAUGCUGCCUCGGUGAUCUGAAAAUUAUGCAGGUUUUUAAUUGUGAGGAAAGGUGGACUAUAGAGCUUGGAAAAUGUGAACAGGGACCUACCUAGCUUCACUUUUUCAUUUUUUUAUUAUUUUUGUUUGCAGGGAGGCUUAAUAGCUGUUUUCCUAUGCAUUAUACAGUAUGUUCCUAGGUGUAGGUGUGCAUGCGUGAAUGUUAAACGUAUCUGAUGGGCACCUUCUACAGUCUAUGCAGUUCAAGUGCCUAAAAUUAAUUCAGUGAUCAUUUUUUUCUUUCUAUGCUACAAUUUCCAUUUUUUCUUAAAAUAGAUAUAUUUCUAUAAAAGCAUCUAAAUGUGUGUAAAUGAGUGUUUUUUCCCCUCCCUACACACCGGUUUUAACAUGCUUUAUGAUAGAUUUAUUUGUUACAGUUCUUUCUGUCCUCUACAUUCCAGGCACUUUUCCAUUUAUCAGACAUCACAUAGCUAGCUUGCUUUGUGAAAGGAAAUACUAAAUUUGUCCUUGUAUCAGAUUGGUUAGCUGGAAUUCUUUUCAAGGAACUCUGGUUAAAUAACUUAAUCCAAGAAUACUUGGCCUUGUAAGCAUCCUCAUGUAAGUAGUUCCUUUUUAAUUGGCUAGUAAGACAUUAACUUUGCGACUGUCAGGCCAAUUAUGUCUGAAAAAUAGUUUUCAGCUAAUUCAGAGAAUGUAAUGUGAAGCCUUUAGAUGGUGCAUCAUUGACCAUUACAGGACAAGAAUGAUUUGAUGUCACAAAGAAUGGCACUAAGAAAGAAAAAUGUCUUUGCAUAUAGUUGUGAUAUGUAUUAUAAAUACAAAUGUGACUUGAAUAUAAUUGUUGUAGUGACUAUAUUAAUGUACAAAAAUGAGAAAUUAUAAGUGGUUGCCACUAACUUUUUUACAGUGUUCUUUAGAAUCAUAAGCAGAAAUUAUAUUCUUGCCUUACUAGGAUUUUACUGGUUAAUUUUUAUAUUGUACAGAAACUUUUUUUGAAAAUGUUCUUCACAUCAGAUAGUAGCCUUUAUUCAUAACAGGAUCAUACUCGUGUACCACCCUUAGCCUUUUAAGCCAGAUUUGUUGUGAGUAAGGACACAAGUUGCGUGGGGGUUUUUUUAAGCUUUUCCUGUUUAUAAAUUUAGAAAACUUAGCUGAUAGUGAAUUAAGUUAGAAAAUGCUGCUUUACCUAGAAGGCUAUAAAUCAUUCUUUAUAAAUCCAUCAGCUCAGUGUUAAUCUUGUCUAAAUACUUCCUGCAUCAAACACUGUGGAGGGUAGAAGAGGUGGCCAAGAAAAGAUGUAUUCUCCUGCGGAGAGAUUCAAAGAUAAAAAAACCACACCAAACCAAAACAUAAAACCUCACAUUGGAAGGCCUGAGCACUUUUAUGGCUGAUAAAUUGAAUAAUUGGUAGUAUAUGAUAGAGGAAUGGUAACCGAUCCCGUUUAAACUGUGUCUCUGUUAUGUUUUCAUGAAUGUUUUCAACAUGUCCUCAACUUUCUUACUACAUUCUUUUCCAAACCCUCUAAUCCUGUAGCCACAGUCCUGUACUCAGCCUGUACGUGCUGCUCGAGAUCCAAGUCUGCCCUUCUGGCUCCACGGGGAGGGGGAGCAGCUGUCAGAGGGAACCGAGCUCUUUGUCCUUGGACUCUACCAAGUACUGUAUUAUAAUACUAACCUCCAACACUAAACCUACAAUUCUUUGAGUAUAAAGUAAACUUACCAGAGUAGUAUACUAACGAUGUAGUUACAUUCUAGUAUAUUAUCUGUGUUUUUUACAAAUGCAAAGUAACAUCCAUAUGUAUAGGCAUUAAUCAUAUGACCAGGGUCAUACUUCUUUUGAUCACUUGUAUUUUGUACUUCUCUUUCUAAAAAGUUUGUCAUCUUUCUGAAAGAAAUGCAUAAAGUAUAUGGCUAACACUGAUACUGCAAUAAAAUUUCAUUCCAGAACAUACAAAAUUAUGGCUUCAGAUUAAUACCAAGACUUGCGAGGGCUGGCGUUUCCCGGCUUGAGCACUUCUGUGUCUGAAACUUAUGCAUGUUUAUUAAAGUAAUUUAGUAAAACUUUUUAUAAAACUAUUUAUUAUAAUAAAGUUCAAUUAUGAUUCUAUUAAGUAACUUUUCCUGAAAUUUUAUCAGAACAUUCCUUGAAUGUUUCCCCCUUACCUCUUUCUGUCUUUCCUGGCUUUUAAAAUCUGAUUUUCAUUUAGUUGAAAGGAACUCAUUCAGUUCUUUUAAUUCUUCUUGAAGAAGCGAAACAAACACAAACUUGGUCUGGAAUUGUUGGGGGGAGGAGCUCUGUACAAGCAUAUAUACACAUUUAUAGAUAAUGUCAGAAUUGCUAAUUCUUGAAAACCUACCAGUAUUUAUUAUUUUAAGAUGAAAGCACUUGUCAAAAUUUUACUGUUUGCGUUAAGCCUUUUGUGUGUAUGUGUUGUGGUGAAACUUUUCAAGCAAAGAUGUGAUUUCUGACAUAGUAUAUGGGGUUGUCUAGGUGUUACUGAAGUGUGCUCUUCUGCCAAACCUGUGAUGACAGGGUUUGUAUUGGGAGAUUAUUUGGCAUUUGGGACAAGUUUGGCAAGAAGUAUGUGUUGGCUGGUUUCAGAUAGAAUGGAAACUAAAAUUAAUGGUGAAAUGCUCUUUUCCUGUAGAAAAUGCUGAAUUCCAGUGGUGUACCACUCCUGCAUAUUCACAUGCCGCGCGCUGGUAUUCGCAGCCUUGUGAGUGGUGGGGGAUUACAGGUAACUUCUUAGAAAGCAAAAGAGGUGAAACCAAAGUUGGGUUAAAAAAUAACUUUAUCGUGUUACUGUACUAAAGGUAUGUUGCUGGUCAGCUCUGCAACCCGAACAGUCCUGUUCUGUGUGAGUUAAUUUUGGACUUCUUGCUUUAUUUCUAACUGCACAGUAUUUGUAUCAGGUAAUCUUGUUGAAUAGCUUUUCUGUUAACUAACACAUAGGCAGAUGAUGUUGUUAACUGAGUUUUGAGGAACAAGCAAGUGCAUCAACCCCUCUAUAACGAUGGUGUAAUAGAUGGCAGAAUGCUUUUCCACACUUUAUGCUUCUGCCUCUGACUUUAGCUGUGUGUAGCUGAAGUCUUUUUCCUUUGUGACAUACUUUCCCUGUCUGGGUGCGCUUUGUCUCCAGCUCCUCCCUGUCGCUGGCUGGUGUGUGCACGUUGCACGCUGCCGUACUCCUGCGUACGUUUUUUGCCAGCAGGUAAAGGAACGGUGAGCUACCUUCAAAGCUGAGCCCGCUCUUGGGCUGCCUCCUGCUUGUUUCUUUUCCUCUUAACUCAGUUAUUCCUUAACUUUGCUACGACUUUCCUGAAAACUCCUCUUGUUUUUCUUUUGAAUCCAAUUAAAUAUAAGGUGAUUAAAAAAAAAAGACACCAUUAUCACAUACUUAUUUUUGUCUGUUUUAGUACAGGGGUCCUCUGUUCAUUCCUCGGGCCAUGUGCCUGUGGCCUGCCUCGCAUCCCCUUGGUGCUGUCUAAUCUUAGACUAUAGAUCACCAUGUUGGUCCAUAAAAAAUACGUACAAAAUAAGUAUUUCCAAAGGUUUUUAUUCUGGUAUGAUUUUAGCAUUAAAUACCUUUAUUCUCUUUAACUGCACACCAAAAAAAUGUUUGCCGCUGCUGAACUCUGACCAUUUUACUUCUGUAUCCAAGACCUGAAUAUCUUGUGUAGAGUAGGCCUGCUGAAAAUAAGCCUUGGCUUAGUCACUUACAUCUGGUGUAUGAAACUGUAAAUAGGCUUUUUAACAGAAAAUGCUGCUACUUUUUGGCUUUUGUUCUUGACUAUAUGGAAGUUAAAGACUGCUGUGUUCUUUUUAAUUGUUUUUCUUUAAAUUAAAAUUACAAGUCAUGUUACUACUCUUUUGUUGCACAGUCUACAUUGAUUUAUUCUCUCAAUACAGCUCUUUAAUAUGAGGUUGAAUUAGAUGCAAAGCUACAGAAUGGUUAAUGUCUUCAGAGUUUACUCUUAUUAACUUUUUUGUUCUGUCUUGCUUUUUCCCCUGAUUGUUCUGAAUUGGAAGGCUUCCCCCACCCAAAUAUGUAUGUGUGUAUAUAUAUAUGUAGGCAAACUAUUGGGGUUAUGCAAAGGGAUGCAGAUCAUGGAACAGUAACCAUGACAAUUGUCUAAUUUUUUUGUACGUAAAUGAAGAUUUAGUAUAAAUGCUGGUACUGUUGAAGACUUGCUUCUGAGGUCCUUGUACUGUUGAAUCCUAACAGACACCCCGUUAUUAGCUGUAUGUAUAGCUUUGAAACAUGAAUUAAUGGAUGCAUAUUAGAGCUGUGUAAACAACUAAUAAACAUAAUUGUUUGUAUUAA